AUGGACUAUUCCUAUGAUGAGGACCUGGACGAGCUGUGUCCGGUCUGCGGUGACAAGGUCUCCGGGUACCACUACGGGCUGCUCACCUGCGAGAGCUGCAAGGGCUUCUUCAAGCGCACGGUGCAGAACAACAAGCACUACACCUGCACCGAGAGCCAGAGCUGCAAGAUCGACAAGACCCAGCGCAAGCGCUGUCCCUACUGCCGCUUCCAGAAGUGCCUCACCGUGGGGAUGCGCCUGGAAGCUGUCCGUGCAGACCGGAUGCGCGGAGGGAGGAACAAGUUUGGACCCAUGUACAAGCGGGACCGUGCCUUAAAGCAGCAGAAGAAAGCUCUGAUCCGUGCCAACGGCUUCAAGCUGGAGAGCGUGCCUCAGAUCAUGUCCCCCAUGCAGAGUGACUACAGCCUGUCCUCCACCAUCCACAGCAUCCACGCCGUGUCCAAGACGCUGCCGCCCAACCCGGCCGCCCUGACGCCCGUGGAUUACGAGCGCAGCCCCUACGGGACGCCGUCCCUGGGCAUGGCUGUGCCCGGCCACGCGCCCCUGCCCGCCUACCACUACCCCUCCUUCCCCAACCGCACCAUCAAGUCCGAGUACCCCGACCACUACACAAAUGCCCACGAGGCCGUGCCUGCUUACAUGUACCCAGAGACCUACCCCAGCAGCUCCCCCCCUGACAUCCCCGAGGUCAUCCUGAAGCUGCUGCAGCUGGAGCCCGACGAGGCCCAGGUGAAGGCACGGAUUCUGUCCUGCCUGCAGCAAGAGCAGGGCAAAGGCCGGCAUGAGAAGCUCAGCACCUUCGGCCUCAUGUGCAAGAUGGCUGACCAGACCCUCUUCUCCAUCGUGGAGUGGGCACGGAGCUGCAUCUUCUUCAAGGAACUGGAGGUGGGUGACCAGAUGAAGCUGCUGCAGAACUGCUGGAGUGAGCUGCUGGUGUUUGACCACAUCUACAGGCAGCUGCAGCAUGGCAAGGAGCACAGCGUGCUGCUGGUCACUGGCCAGGAGGUGGACAUGUCUGCCAUCGCAGCCCAGGCCGGCUCCAUCCUCAACACGCUGGUGCUGCGGGCACAGGAGCUCGUCCUGCACUUGCACUCGCUCCAGGUGGACCGGCACGAAUUCGUCUGCCUCAAGUUCCUCAUCCUCUUCAGCCUCGACGUGAAGUACCUGGAGAACCACACGCUGGCCAAGGAUGCUCAGGAGAAGGCCAACGCGGCACUGCUGGAGUACACGGUGUGCCACUACCCCCACAACACGGACAAGUUCCGCCAGCUGCUGCUGUGGCUGGCAGAGGUCCGGGCGCUGAGCCUGCAGGCUGAGGAGUACCUGUACCACAAGCACCUGAGCGGGGAGGUGCCCUGCAACAACCUCCUCAUCGAGAUGCUGCACGCCAAGAGGACUUGAGCGGCCACCAGCAGGACCCGGUGCCUCCGGCGGGGGCGGGACUGGUGCCCGGGGCUGGCAGGCGCCUUCCUCAGUGAUGCUAUUUAACCUCUGCUAUUGGAAACGCCCCAGAAGGUUUUGUACACAGCAAGGACAGCUGAGGCUGCAGGGCUGUGGCUUGGCUGCCAGCCUGCCCCGUUGGCAGUGCUGACCCCCAGCUCCACUGGUGCCCAAACCUGUCGCUUGCCAGCCUAGCUCAGCAGCACCAAGGAAGGGUAAAGCCUGUCCCGGUUUUUCUCCUAUUUCUGCUCUUCUCCUGCUACCCCCACCAGCUGUUUCUUUAUUGCCACCACCCCUCCCCAACCCUGCCCAUGUCUCAGGGCCCCUAGGGCACAGGGCAGGAGAGAGGGGAGGUGAAACCCCUCCAGGUUGUGGUUUUAUGGUGAUUGAGGUGUCUCCAGGCACCAGGGAACACACAAAAGGUGGAGAGGAUUUCUGCAGCAAACUACACAGAAUGCUGGGGCUGGGCUGGAGGUGUCCUGCUGUGCCAGGACCCCACGGUGCAGAUGCCAGGUCCCAAUUGCUGCCAGCUCUGUGUCCUGCAGCUGCCCUGGCCAAGACAGGGCAGGGAGGGAUGGGCAGUGCUGAAUCCUCAGCUGAGGUGCAUUUUCCUAGUGCCUGCUGCUGGAGGCAGCAGUUCUGUGGCAGCCACAGUGCCCAGAGCCCAGUGCUGCCCACGGGCAGCACAGCUCAGUCCUGCCCACAGGUGUGGUGGCAGAGCAGCCUGGCAGGAGGGAGGUGCAAGUUUCAGCAUGUGGCCAGGAUCUUGGGGAAACUGGGGGAGCUCUGCAGUGCCCCUCUGCAUUUAUCUGCUGAGUGAGUGGGUAAGGAGGAACAAGGAUUGUCCUGCACUUCAUGCUGGGCAUCCUGGCCCCCUCCUUUGCUCUGCCAUGUCCCCAGGGGACAGCAAAUGCUGUGCCAAAGCCACAGGCAAAGAGCUCUCUGUUCCUCUCCCAUCAUGGGAUUGGGGCUUACAGACAGGACUGGGAGCACUGGGGGUUGCAACUCCCCCAAACUGGGAUGUGCUGGACUCUCACUGCUGCUUUGUCUCGGUCUCAGCCGUGCUCUCCUCUCCUCUGCCCCAGCUCUGGGGGUCCUGCAGCAGGGCCAGGGCUGUUCAGGUUUGCUCCCCGGGGCUGGGGGUGUCCCCACUGGGCAGAGCCGGUACCUUGAGGAGCCCCUGAGCCCGGAGCCAUUUGUGCAGCUUGUUAGACACACCAGAAGGAGCAUGUUUGUCUCUGCUUUAACACGUUUGUGCAUUUUCCUCCUGAAGUCUGUGGUUUAGUUUCACCUUCUUCUUUUUGUGAACUUAACUGGAGAAAAUGGUUUGGGAGGUAAAAAAUGUUUUAUUUUCAGAAAAUGAAAAGUGUCCUUAAGUGUCUCUCUCUGUCUCUUACAUCCUUUCCUCCCUCUCAUCCCUGCCCUUCCCCACUCCUCCCCCUUCCUUCCCAGGCAGAAGGUUACCAACUUUCUUGUCAGGAGCAAACCACUGUAAUAAAUUUUGCAGUUCAUUUCAAAUUUC